AACGCGCCGAACAUUCCAGACGGUUCGGGAAGCUGAGGAUUCUGGAAGGCGCCGUCACAAACUGUAUAAAAGCGAGAGGAGCGAGUCUUUAACGGUCUGAACAAACACGAGCCGCGGACCAGAGGCGUCAACGGGCGAAGGACCAACUCGACAGCUCCUUUAUCCACAUUCCCACUGCGAAUACUCGACUAAAACCACGUCCAAGAUGCCUGAGGCGCGUGACCAGCCGAUGGAGGAGGAGCCUGAGACCGAGACCUUUGCGUUCCAGGCUGAGAUCGCUCAGCUCAUGUCCCUCAUCAUCAACACAUUUUACUCCAACAAAGAGAUCUUCCUCCGAGAGCUCAUCUCCAACUCCUCUGACGCUCUGGACAAAAUCCGCUAUGAAAGUCUCACAGAGCCCUCCAAACUCGACAGCGGCAAAGACCUGAAAAUCGAAAUCAUUCCCAACAAAGAGGAACGCACCCUCACGCUCCGAGACACGGGCAUCGGGAUGACCAAGGCCGACCUCAUCAACAACCUGGGCACCAUCGCCAAGUCGGGCACCAAGGCGUUCAUGGAGGCGCUGCAGGCCGGGGCCGACAUCUCCAUGAUCGGACAGUUUGGCGUGGGCUUCUACUCCGCCUACCUGGUGGCGGAGAAGGUCACCGUUGUAACAAAACACAACGAUGACGAACAGUACGCGUGGGAGUCGUCUGCUGGAGGAUCCUUCACCGUCAAGAACGACAUAUCUGAACCAAUGGGACGAGGCACCAAGGUCGUCCUCCAUCUUAAAGAAGAUCAGACUGAAUAUCUGGAGGAGAGGAGAAUCAAAGAGAUCGUCAAGAAGCACUCACAGUUCAUCGGAUACCCCAUCACGCUCUUUGUGGAGAAGGAGCGAGACAAGGAAGUGAGUGAUGACGAGGCUGAGGAGGAGGAGAAGGAGAAAGAGAAAGAUGAAGAGGAGAAGGAGGAAGACAAACCCGAGAUCGAGGACGUGGGCUCGGACGACGAGCACGACCACGACAAAUCCGACAAGAAGAAGAAAAAGAAGGUGAAGGAAAAGUACAUCGACCAGGAAGAGCUGAACAAAACCAAACCUCUGUGGACCCGUAACCCUGACGACAUCACCAACGAAGAGUACGGAGAGUUCUACAAGAGCCUCACCAACGACUGGGAGGACCACCUGGCUGUCAAGCACUUCUCGGUGGAGGGUCAGCUGGAGUUCCGCGCUCUGCUGUUCGUCCCUCGCCGCGCUCCGUUCGACCUUUUCGAAAACAAGAAGAAGAAAAACAACAUCAAACUGUACGUGCGCAGAGUCUUCAUCAUGGACAACUGCGAGGAGCUCAUCCCAGAAUACCUCAACUUCAUUAAGGGCGUGGUGGACUCUGAGGAUCUGCCCCUGAACAUCUCCAGAGAAAUGCUUCAACAGAGCAAAAUCCUGAAGGUGAUCCGCAAAAACCUGGUGAAGAAGUGUCUGGAGCUGUUCACCGAGCUGUCGGAGGAUAAGGAGAACUACAAGAAAUACUACGAGCAGUUCUCCAAAAACAUCAAGCUCGGGAUCCACGAGGACUCACAGAACAGGAAGAAGCUGUCGGAGCUGCUGCGUUACUACACCUCAGCCUCUGGAGACGAGAUGGUGUCCCUCAAAGACUACGUCACACGCAUGAAGGAGAACCAGAAACACAUCUACUACAUCACCGGUGAGACCAAAGACCAGGUGGCUAACUCUGCGUUUGUGGAGCGUCUCCGUAAAGCCGGUCUGGAGGUCAUCUACAUGAUCGAGCCCAUCGAUGAGUACUGUGUCCAGCAGCUGAAGGAGUUUGAUGGAAAAACUCUGGUGUCUGUGACCAAAGAGGGACUGGAGCUGCCCGAGGACGACGACGAGAAGAAGAAAAUGGAGGAGAAGAAGACGCAGUUUGAAAACCUCUGCAAAAUCAUGAAGGACAUUCUGGAGAAGAAGGUGGAGAAGGUCACAGUUUCAAACCGCCUGGUGUCGUCUCCCUGCUGCAUCGUCACCAGCACCUACGGCUGGACGGCCAACAUGGAGCGAAUCAUGAAGGCCCAGGCUCUGAGGGACAACUCCACCAUGGGAUACAUGGCAGCGAAGAAGCACCUAGAGAUCAAUCCAGACCACCCCAUCAUGGGCACGCUCAGGCAAAAGGCCGAGGCCGAUAAGAACGACAAAUCUGUGAAGGACCUGGUCAUUCUGCUGUUUGAGACGGCGCUCCUGUCCUCCGGGUUCACGCUGGACGACCCUCAGACGCACUCGAACCGCAUCUACAGGAUGAUCAAACUCGGACUGGGUAUCGACGAAGACGACUUGUCCGCUGAUGACGUCACACCGGCGCCCACGGAGGACAUGCCGCCACUAGAGGGCGACGAUGACGCUUCACGGAUGGAGGAAGUCGACUAAAUAAAAACUGUACAAAAAACAAAACCCUGUACAGAUCCAGUGCGGCUGUAGUUCUUUGUACAAUGUUGUUCCAUGUUGUAAAUGAGCCAGAAAUGUUCCCAGUUUUAACGUUUAAAGUAUUUUUUCCUUCAAAUCAAAUCUGUUCAGUUCACGUUCCAAACUUUGUUUUGUCACUUUUGUAUAAGUUUGUUUUUUAUAUUUAUUGACGUUCUCAUUGUUCUGUUCAAAAUGUAAAUAAGAGAAAAGUAAUGUUCAAAGGCAAAAUAAAGUCUAACGCAAUCUGU